AAAUUUGCAAAUUUUACCUUUGAAUGAUAAGAAGAAAAAGAAAAUAAUUUUUCGGCAAUAAUUUUAGGUGGACUUUUCGUCUUUACAUCAUGGGCCUAAUGAGGCCCAAAAUUUGUUUGGGUUGUGGAAACGAAUUGCCGCCAGCUCGCUACCGCCGUUAACCACCGGCAAUGCCUGAUUCUUCCAAUUAUGAGAAAUUUUUUUUCUCCCGCCACAGAGCUUAAACCCUAAUUGGCAAAACCCCUGGAUUGUAAAAAAAUUGGAAUUGCGUAGACUGUUCUCUUAUCGGUGAACCAAACAAGAAGGGAAAUUAACAACAAUGGGGAAGCCCAAAGCUCAAGCGAAGAAGCAGCAGAAGCGCGGAGGAAUAGACUUCAAAAAAAUUAAAAGGAAAGUUGGUCGGAAAUUGCCGCCCCCAAAAAAUGCUACCAACACUGAAAUCAAGUCUAAAGCUAUUAUUCUUCCCGAGCAGAGUGUAGUGUCAGAGAAAACAGGGUUAGCUGUGAGUAAAAAGGGUUUGACCUUGAAGGAGCUGCUUCAGCAGACAAGUCAUCAUAAUGCGAAAGUUCGCAAAGAUGCUUUGGUUGGUAUCAAGGAUAUCUUUGUUAAGUACCCCACCGAGUUGAAGCUCCACAAGCUUGCUACUGUAGAGAAACUCCGUGAACGAAUUAGUGAUGAUGAUAAAUUUGUUCGGGAAACACUGUACCAACUAUUUAAGUCAGUGAUUUUUCCUGGCUGUAAAGAGGAUAAUCAAGGGCCACUUAUUCCUUUGAUGGUGGCAUAUAUUUUUAAUUCAAUGACGCACUUGGCUUUAGAUGUUCGCUUGAUGGCUUUCAAAUUUUUGGACCUUCUUGUCCAGCAAUAUCCAUCUUCAUUUUCUUUGUAUGCUGAAAAGAUUCUACAGAAUUAUCACGAUAUUUUGCAGAAGAGCCAAUUUCAUUUUCAGGAUAAGAGCAAACUAAAGGGCAUUCUUGCUGGAUUGGUUCACUGCUUGAGAAUGUUGCCUUCAAAUAAGAGAGAUGAUCAGUCAUCAUCUGAAACUGAAGUUCCUUCUAGAGGGAUUUUGCAUGCAUUUGAGCCUGAUGAGAAUGUAGACUCUUCUGAUCUUUCAGGCACUAUUGAGAAAUUGAAGAAUCUUCUCCCCAUUCUAGUUAGCUGUUUCGAGGAUUUUAUUCCUUCAAAUCAUACCAUGCCUCAACUGGAUACCCAAUCAUAUGAUUGCAUGCUAUUUAUUCUUCAAAGCAUAAAUUACAUGGUAGAGUUCUUUGUUUAUGAAAAUGGGAAACCUGAACAAGGUGGGGAUGGUAUUCUGCCAAUUUCUGGAGGUGAACGUAAUGCAGUUAUGUUGGCUCAAAUUGUAUCACCUGCAAUCUUCAAAAAGAUAUGGAAUUUGUUCCCACUAAAUUCAGCUCACACCCAUUUAGAGAAGGAAGAUGAUCGGUAUUCCAUCUUAAAUUGCAUAAUAACAGAGAUAUUUUUACAGUUAAAAGAUUGGACUUCGCUUCCUCCUGCCUUAUUUGAGAACUUUCUAGAAUUCAUUGAGAGUUCUCUAUCCCAAAAGUCUUACAGUUGCAGUCGAUCUGGUAAAGUGUACCUCGAGAAGCAUUUACUUCCUAUUGUUCCUUUCAUUCCCAAUCUUAUUAUGCAAGUUCCUGGUGGAUGGAGACAUCGUUUGCUUCAGGCAUUUACUGACAUCUUCAGAAGCUGUGGUGCGGAGUCUGAUAUGAAAUCCACUUGCCUUUCUGCAUUGGAAGAAAUGCUAAAUCCAGAGAAGGGCGGGUUCUUCUUGGUUUCAACGGAUCCUGAAAUGUUAGACUAUCACCUCACGUGGAUUAGAGAGCUUCCUCAACUGCUGUUACUCCUUGGGGAUAGAAACACUUCUCGUUCAAAGGCAGUUCUAUGUCUCCUGCUUCUUAUAGGGAAAGCUGCCAUAAUGAACAAUUCCGUGAGUCAAGUGUAUGAUCAAGUACAAUAUGCACUUGCUGAAUUUUACAGUAAUUGCCUGGACGAAACAGCAAGCACGUCCUAUGGUCCUUUUAUGAAGCUGAGCCGGGAUACUCAGGAACUUUCUCUUUCUUGUGUGUAUUACUUCUCUUUUGUGGACUACCCCCUGCUCCAAUCAAUGGUGACCUGUUGCUUGUGUGAAGAUCUGGACCCAGUCUUACUUCUUCGGAUCAUAGAGGUUCUGCACUUAGCAUAUAAAGCAGGAAAUAUUUCAAAUGGCGAUUACAUUAGUUUCCUCAUCACCUUACUUUCGCGCUUCAAAGUCUCUCCCGAAGAUUGCCUCUCAGCCACAGAGGAAGUAAUCUUAAGGCGGUCAACUUUUCGAUCGAUUACCAGGGUGAUCUGCUCCUACUUAUCUCAAAUUGGGGAUGGUCAUCUUGUUCUCCAAAUUUUGGAGAAACCAGUUGUUGAUCAGAUGUCGCUCAAAUUGCCGUUGGACAACAUCUGUGCAUUUUUGAGGGUGCUCGUUACUCUGGACUGCAAGCCUACAAUACUAUGCGAACAGAGUAUCAUCAGAUUAAGUGAUGUUCUCCUGGGCUACUUGUCAAAGAUUGCAAUUAGCAUGCAACAUGAUGAUUCUGGAGCCACAGUUAGCAGGAGUGACAGCCUCUACUACCUCCUCCCCUCCUUUUUCUUGUUUGAUAGGAGUUCAACAUUGCUGAAUCAAUUCUUAAUUUCAAUGAGAUCAAUGGUAGAUAAAAGCUUAUUGCCGCAUCAUCCACGUCAGGCUUCUUAUAAAACCAAUGGAGCUAACUGGAAUGCAGUUGUUUCUGUGCUACUACUAAUGCUUGAAGAUGUUAAGAUGCAGAAAAAUCUUUGGCCACAAAAGUCACUGAUUGAGGAGAUUCUGCAGAGGGUGCUCGUGCUUAUGUCAGAGGAUAUUUACUUGCCAAUAGAAGAACGGCAUAAACUGAAAAGGGGUUGCGAUCAACUAAGAUCGAUUAUCAGUAGAUGAUUGUCGAAUGGCUUUAGUGAUGGUGUAAAAGAAAGUGGAUGGUUUCCCCUUUUAUACUUUAAUAGAAGACAUCACAAGAUCACCCUGCAGGCCUAUUUCAUACGCUUCAGGUACCUUCUCGGUUUCUGAUUUAUAUCCUUCGUGGUUCUUUUGGGACGCUAUAAUCUUGCUCUCAGAUGACUUAACUCUGCAAAUUGAGCUGAUCUAGUUCAGUUGUUUUGCUGCAUUCAGUAAGUUUGCAUCAGCAUCAUGUGUGAUUCUGUUUAAGAUGUGGAGAGCAUCUUUGGAGGUGUGAAAGCAUUCUUGUUCCCAUUCAUCUCCUAUAAUCGGGCCUGGUUGCUGAAUGCUGGGGCAAACUUUUUAAAUGGGUAUCCGCAAGUGGCCAUGAUGUGGACUUUGGAAAGUGUAUGUGAUUGGCAAAAAUUUUGAUAGCAUGGUUUUUUGUUAAUAUAAGAAUGACAGUUUUAGUUUUGCCUGCGACUAUACAUCGUACUUCUGCUUUUUCCUUUUGGGGAUGAUACGGGAGGAAAAGCUAGGUAUGCCUGUAAAGUUGGGUGAUGGUGGAACUAUUAAGUGUUAAUCUUUGGUAUAGUUAAUGUCAUUCCUCUUCUUCUAAAAGAAAAUCACUUUGUUGAAUUAUUUUAUCUUUUCGAUGCGAGAUGAAGUGACUUCUCUUGUUAUUUGUUUAGUUUGGAGUAAUAUAGAGGAACCAAGCAGUGUCGGCUGGGAAAAUUCUAUGUAUGUCAUUUUAGGCUGAAAUGGGAAAUUUGAUCUUCCGAAGCACUGCAGGAUAUAGUGUAAUAGCGGUGGUUGUGACAAGUAUUUUUUAGUGGCUUUUCUUUUCUUUUCCUUUUUUUUUUUCGUUAGAGCAACAUUUUCUCUCAAUCGGUUAAGUAAAAUGC